AUGUCGGACAAGCGCCAGACCAGGUUGCAAAAGCAGGGAAAGAGGAAGAGAGCCCAAUCUCGGACUGCGAAAAUGCCCAAGAGACAGAAGGCAUCGUCCCUCGGACUUGACCUGCCGCAGACAGAGCAACAUCCGCAUAGGACCAAUCGCAACCGUAUGAUGCCGCUGAUCCCCUCGCAUCAUAGAGGCGUGGCGCCUUCCGUCCUCAAACUCAUUUCGGCGCUUUUGAGCAAGCCCACCAUCGUGGCGUUUUGCGACCUUGUUCGCGCCCGGCGCAGUGCUGAGACACCCCUGCGUUAUUGGACUGCCGACGACGGCGCCGCAUAUCAGAUGGAACAGCGUCUGAUCAAUUUGCGCAGUCUGCGGGAUAAGUCUGCUUUUGGCAGAUUUCUUGUCCGUGCCGAAGAACUCGGGUUGGCACGUGCGAUGGAAUGCAAACGGAAAGGUCGCAUCCGAAACGAUUCCAAUGACGUUCGGGACACGCUCAAGCGCUGCGAGUUAACCUACAACACCUUCAAGUGGCACCAAACCCAGGGCGGGAAGUGGUUGAGGCUCUGUAGGCCGUACCCGGGCAUACUGUGUUUCCUUUUGGCCCAUGGUCACAAUGUUUUCGGCAUUUCGCAAGGGGAUUACCUUGGCUUAUCAGACCACGAUCUUGACUCGUUCCAUGCCCUGUUGGACUGUGAACAAGCGCAGACCCUCAACGCCAUUGGUCAGCAGUUCUUGGAUUCUCUGUCGCCCAUUGCAGAUGAUGUUGAAUUCCUGUGGGAGGGCAAAGAGGUUCUCUGGGACAAUUUAUCAACGACGGAGGCGCUCACGAAGCUAGCAACAGUCCCGUGGAAGAUGGAAAACGACUAUGCUCCAAACGACUAUCCAGGCUGGCCGCGACCAUUAGACUGGCCCGAUGAGUGGGGUUGGCCUAUGGACCCAACAGCUCUUCCCGCCUUCGACCAGCCGAAAUGUGAUUUCUGCCCACAAUCACAAUGCGACUGCGUCCACACCAAACUCACCUCCUCCAAAAAACCCAAACCUCGCAUCAAGGAGUAUGGUGAGAAAGGCCGUGGUAUUCAGGCGGUUGCGACGGACCCUGGUCAGGUAGCAUAUGCCUGCGGGGAGUGUAUCGGGGUCGUGUGGGGCAAAGUUGCACCUGUUGACGCGCAUACUGGCAGUAUGGUGAUGGAUUUCGUGAGACCAGACAUCUUAUACGAGCCAGUGGCCUGUCAGCUCUAUUGCGAAGACAGAGGGAGCAAUCUUCGACUCAUCAAUCAUAGCUGCCGCCCGUCGGCGCGGGUGGAACCGAUGAAGGUAUCGGGAAAGUGGAUACUCGUUGUGGUGGCGGCACGAGCCAUAUUUGACAGGGAGGAAAUCACCGCCAAGUUCGGGAAAGCGUCUUUUGACGGGCCGUGCCUGUGCGGAUGCGCAAAUCCUACAGAACCCCUGAGCUGA